AUGAUGACAUCAAUGCAAGAUUCGAAUCGAAUGAGAGAUUCCAGAAGACAACCUGAUCGAGAUGUUAUUGAUGUAGAAAAGCUGGAAGGACAAGAAAGCGCUGUAAUGGAAAAUUCUGAAAUUUCAUCACCAUUAGUAUUAAAUGAAAGGCCGGGAGUGCGAUAUCUUUGCUGCGAUCGAUUCUUCAAGUGCGAUGGACGUAAUCUGAUUGCUCGGGAAAUUUGGCCCUCAGAUGAUGGCUUUAUUGAAUUAAAUCGAAAAGAACUGAAACGCUUUAUUAUAAAUAAUAAAGCCAAAAGGCUAAAUGGAUUGAAAGUAAUUAGACACGUGGCUGGCAAAAGUUCCCGGGAAUGUUCCACUGAUAGUAGAAUACAACAUAUUCCGAGAGAUGGCAAUGCACCGGACAAUGAAAGCAUUAUUCAGUCUUACAGAUCAGAUCUUCAUAAAAUACUGAACCAAUACAAAGGAGAAGAAAAUAUAUAUGACUUUAAUUCUACAUCAGCCGGUAUUGAGAGCGAUAAGGUGAAAACACAACAUAAACCACGUAUGCAGGGGAAUUUUGAGCAACUUACCGAAAACACAUCACAGAUAAGUAUAAUAUCGAUAACUGAGUCACCUGAAACAUUGAUCACUAGUGAAACGACAGAUCUUAAAAGCUCAACUGUUGAUGAAUCGUCGUCGGACGACGAUGAGUCACUGAUUGGAGCUUACAAUUUUAUGCAAAACGGGAGAGAUCAAUUGGAACCAGCGAUGAAACCCGAUGGUACCAUUGUAAUACCGGGUGUUGUGCAUGUCAAUAAUUUUGAAAGCUUGGAUGGCAUCAUGUUGGAAUUGAAAGUGCUCAUCAAGAGUCCGAAGGAAUCCAGGCGAAUCAAUGUCAAAAUUGACUGCCCUAAUUUUAAGCCAAAGUCAGUUAAAGUGAAUGGAACCGAAACUCAUCGACUUAUUAACGAUCAUUAUAAAACGUAA